CUCCAACAACACACUCCGGAGGACAGAAGUUUCCUGCAAAAGUCAGUGGUUGUUUUACAUGAUGGAAGGUGAUUCACCUUCAAUAACACGUAGCGAUGAAUAUCGACUGCUUGAAACAUACUGCCAGAAGAGAAAGCCACAACGGGUCUUUAUGUGCAGCCUGGAGGCACAAACAGGUGGUGAGAAAUAUGGAAAUGUGGCUGAAAAACUGACCCGGAUUGUAGACAGCAGACUUCUUAUUGACGAUGGAUUAGAGACAGAUUCUGUAAACACAGAUGUUAUAGAGCAGCUUGUUGACUUGCUGAAGAAAUCAGGGGAUGACUUAAAUGAGAAGAUUGAGAAGAACCAUGAGCUUUUGGGAUACCUGCAGUGUACUUUCUCUUACGACUUUUUUGAAAAACUGAUCUCAGCCUUCAUCAAAAGUGUGGUACCAGAAUUUCCUCAGAGCAGAAACAAACAUGAGCAGAUCGCCCUGACCUUUGAGGUCACCAGCAGACUCAGAGCCCUGGACCUUCACCCCAUGAACAGGGUCAUGGGAUUCGGAGCUCAGUACCUGCAAAAGAACUUCACUCCCUGGGUUAAACAGCACGGUGGUUGGGAGAAAGCCUUUGAUGACAACGACGAGGUCCAUUGACAAGAUUGACUGUGAAAUGGAUGGUUAUUAGUGAUCUAUGAGUUAUAUGAUAAAAUAUGA